UAGAAGAAGAAAGAAAGUGUCAACGAAGAAGAAGCAGAAGAAGUUAACGCGCGAUGUGAGAGGAAGAAUCAUGCAGUGUUUACUUCAGAUUAAUAACAGAAGAGUGACUGAUUAUUAAUUAUUAUUGCAGGACAUUAAUAAGAAAACAACUAAGACAUAAUGCGUGUUUGUGCGUUUCCUCGCGUGACGUUUUAAGACGACACAUUGAGCCGAAGUUUAAAUGUUACACUUACGCAAGCUAGUUCGUCGUGUGUGAAGAAAGUCUCGGAAAAAAUGGAAGAAACUGUGAUGGAGUCGGACUCUGUGGAGAUGUCAGGACCUGAAACGCAUCACGGGGUCGCGGAUGCCUGGGAAACUGUCACUGCAGCUCUGGUGUCUCCUGGUUCCUCGCUGUCCGACCAGAGCCUCCUGGACUCCUUGGCCCUGCUGUGCAGUCAGGGCCUGGGCCGUCUGCUGGGCGGCUGGCUGCUGGAGACUCUGCAGAUGCAUCUCUCAUCCUCUGUGGUCCCCGAGUUCUGGGCCGGACUCAAACAGCCAGAGAACGAGUUGGAGGAGAGAGACAGGGCCUGGGUCCUCCUCACCGCCUUCAGGACUUUGCUGGACCGGCUCAAACCUUUCUUGGACGGUUUAGAGAGACUGGGGACGUGGCAGGACGAGGGCCGCAGCGGCCUGUGCGGCCCGGGGCCCGGGGGCCUCCAGGAGCGGGCCUUCACCACCAUCAGAGCCCUCCUCCUUUUCUCGCCGUCCCCGGUCCUCCAGGAGCGAGUGCUCGAGUUUUACAGCAGGACCUUCUCCGUCUACAUGAACCAGGAGGGCGGCGACGAGGACGGGGCCGAGGCCGCCGACGGCCCGGAGGCCUGCCCCGGGUGCGGGGUCCCGACCCAGCGGUGCUGGUGCCAGCCGGCCCUGGAACAACUGCAGGAGCUCAGCCACAUCCUGUCCAAGCUGCAGCUGCUGCAGUGGGUCAGCUCUGAGGCCGUCACCUCCAUCCUCCACAAGCUCAUCGAGCAGCGGAUGGAGCAGCACUGCCGCGGCGAGUACGAGCGCUCCUUCCUGCUGGAGUUCCAGGAGUGGUUGGAGCUGGUGCUGGGUUGGCUCAGCAAAGUGUUCGCCAGCGAGGCGGACGGAGGCGCCCCGGCGCCGGCGGCCCUCAGCGUCCCCGGCGCUCCCUGCAACUCCAGCGUCCAGCCCGCCAGCUCCAUCCUGAAGCAGUGGAGGUGCCACAUGCAUCAGUUCUUCUGCAGGAUUUACGUCAACAUGAGGAUAGAGGAGCUGUUCAGCAUCAUCAGAGAUUUCCCAGAAUCUAAAGCUGCUAUUGAGGAUCUAAAGUUUUGUCUGGAAAGAACCAACCAGAGGCAGCAGCUCCUCACCUCGCUCAAAUCCGCUUUUGAAAGCCGCCUGCUGCACCCCGGCGUCCACACGUCCGACAUCCUCACGGUUUACAUCUCCGCCAUCAAAGCCCUCAGAGAGCUGGAUCCGUCCAUGGUCAUCCUGCAGGUCGCCUGCCAGCCCAUCCGAAAGUACCUCAGGACCCGGGAGGACACGGUGAGGCAGAUCGUCGCCGGUCUGACCGGGGACGCGGAGGGCUGCACCGACCUGGCCUCGGAGCUGUCCAGAGGAGACCCUGUGACUCUGGAGAUGCAGGACAGCGACGAAGAAGGCAACGACCCCGAGGACUGGACCCCGGACCCGACCGACGCCGUGCCCGAUAAAAUGGGCUCCAAGCGUCGCUCGUCAGACAUCAUCAGCCUCCUGGUCAGCAUCUACGGCAGCAAGGACAUCUUCAUCGACGAGUACAGAGCCGUCCUGGCAGACAGGCUGCUGCACCAGCUCAACUACAACACUGCCAGGGAGAUUCGCAACGUGGAGCUGCUGAAGCUGCGGUUCGGAGAGUCGCACAUGCAUUACUGCGAAGUCAUGCUGAAGGACAUGGCCGACUCCCGCAGGAUCAACAGCAACAUCCGCGAGGAGGAGUCGAGGCUCGGCGAGGAGGAGCAGCCGCCGCUGUCGCUGUCGGCCAUCAUCCUGUCGUCAGAGUUCUGGCCUCCGCUGAAGGAGGAGAAGCUGGAGCUGCCCCCCGUCGUGUGUCAGGCCAUGGAGGCGUACACGCACCGCUACGAAAAGCUCAAGGCCAUGAGGACGUUGAGCUGGAAGCCUCAUCUGGGCUCAGUCACUCUGGACGUGGAGCUGGAGGACCGCACCCUCACCAACCUCACCGUCUCCCCCAUCCACGCCGCCAUCAUCCUGCACUUCCAGGAAAAGAGCUCGUGGACGCUGGAGGAGCUGAGCGUGAAGCUGGGCGCCCCGAAGGAGCUGGUGCACCGGAAGCUGGCGCUGUGGCAGCAGCACGGCGUGCUGAGGGAGGAGGCGGGAGGCCGCUACUACGUGGUGGAGACGGGCUCGUCCAAGGAGAAGCUGGAGAGGGGGGUGAUGCUGAUCGACAGCGACGAGGAGCGGGACUCCAACACCACCACUCAGUCUGAGCAGAGGGAGGAGAAGCUGCAGCUGUUCUGGGCCUACAUCCAGGCCAUGCUCACCAACCUGGACAGCAUGACGCUGGACCGCAUCCACUCCAUGCUGCGGAUGUUCGUCGCCACGGGGCCCGUGGUGACGGAGAUGGACGUCAACGAGCUGGAGGCCUUCCUGCAGAGGAAGGUCAGGGAGCACCAGCUGAUGGUGUCCGCGGGCGUCUACAGGCUGCCCAAAGCCAACUGACGGAGGCGGCGUCGGGGCCGCGUUCGAGUUUCGCCGAGGAGAACGGACGAUUCGGGCGCUCCACGCGAUCACAAGGCUUUCAGUGGGAUUAACUGGGAAAACGUUAACUUCCAGUGAAAACACGUUUGUUUAUAGGUAUUUAAUGCUGUCAGCUGAUGAGGGGCCCUGGAUGUUCCCAUGUCACUUGAAUGGUGCAUGAUUCUGAUACUUUUCAGAGUAAAAGCACUUCCACUCCCCCGUUAAGUGUCGGGACUGAACCGUUAUUAAUGCCGCAACGUUGUCGAGGUUGCCGUUGUUACACGCCCAUGUAUCGAUUACACUUAUAAAAGCUCUGUAGUUUC